AUGGCCCCGAAAGGUUCACAGCUGCAGAGGGACAUGAAGAUAUCAGACGCUUUCUUCGAGAUGGAAAUUUCCAAGUUGAACAUUAAUGUUUCACAGAUGUUCAAUAAAAUAAAUAUGUCGCUUGCUGAUUUCACGUUGGAACUUUCCCAGUUGAAGACAAAUGUUUCACAGCUUUCCAUUAAAGUGGCAAUGUUAGAAAAGCAAGAUGUUGAGCUCAAGAAGGAACUUGCCGAUUUGAGGAAUAAGUUUUUGGUAACAAAUAGAGAGAUAAGAAGCAUACUCGCUGAUUUGAUGACUGAAAUUUCAAAGCUGAAGAAGGGAGGAAAUUACACAGAACCACCUGGAGCGGCCCCUGGCCAGGAGUGGGAUCAUGUAGCUCCUUACGACAUUCAGAUAUUGCAGGUGCCUGAAGAGGAUGAGGACUGUUCCAGCGGCCAUGGUCCAAUUAAGUGCCAAUGUCCCGCCCAAUGGAAGAGGUUCCGGCAAAGCUGCUAUUAUUUUUCAUCAGUUAGGAAAAGUGGUGCAGAAGCCGGGAGAUCCUGUGCAACAAAUGAUGCUUAUCUUGUUGUCAUUAACGGUGCUGAGGAACAGAUGUUUAUACGAAUCUCGGCUCAAAAUACAAGGUACUGGAUUGGACUCAAUGACACAACCUCUGAAGGUGACUGGUGCUGGGCUGAUGGGACAGAUUAUUCUUCCAAUUUAAAGUUUUGGAGGACAGGAGAGCCCAAUAAUCAAAACGAUGAAGACUGUGUGGUGAUGGAAGAUACUGGAGAGUGGAAUGAUGAACCAUGUCAUACUCAGCAAUACUGGAUCUGUGAAAAGUCAGCACAACCUUUGCCUUAAUGUUACUGUAAGUGCAAAGUGGGAAGUGACAAUUUUUAAACAUCAUUUCUAAAUUCAUAGAGAAUGCUCAAACUGCUCUGCAGGUGCACAGCUAUAUCUGUCACCUGCAAACCCACUGAGCUGGAGCAGGUGGAACAAGUUGGAGCUACAG